AACCUAUUGUAUUAAAAUCGAAUAAUGAAAAUUUUAAUCAAUCUAAUCAAUCUAGAAAUGAAUAUGCUACUUAUGAAAAUUCAAUUUCUGGAUGCAUAUUUCUUGAAGCAAUAUCAUUUACUAUUGAACAUGAACACUUAUCUGAAAAUAAAUCUAUUUUACAUUAUCUUGGAAUAAUCAAAUUAGAGGAUUGUAGUGCUGAAUCAAUUACUAUAAAUUUAAAAAGAUUUAUAUUAGCUAAAUUACUUAAUAUUAAAAAUUUGGUUUAUUUUGGAAGUGAUGGUGCAAGUACUAUGCUUGGUCAUCAAAAUGGAGUUGCUGCACAUCUUAAAAAAUAUAAUCCUUUUAUUACUGAGAUUCACUGUAUAGCACAUUGUUUACAUCUUGCAAGUCAAGAUGCUGCUAAAAAAGUAUCAUAUUUUGAAAAAUAUAAAAAGUUAGUAAAAGGAAUUUAUACAUAUUUUAGUAGUUCUUAUAAAAGAUUAUUAAUACUAAAGAUGGUACAAAAUACUUUAGAAGAACCUGAAUUAAUAAUAUUAAAUAUUUCAAUUAAAGAAGCAUUAUUAGAUGAAGCAGCAAAUAAUAUGCAGGCAGCUAUUUUAUUAGCAAAUAUUAAUCAGACUUUUGAAAUCGUAACUAUGUUUUUGGUAGAUUAUUUUUUUAUAAUAGAUAAAUUAAUUCGUAUUUUUCAAUCAGACUAUAUUUCAUUUACAGAUAUCAAACAACAUAUUACAAUGGUAUGUGAUGUAUUACAAGCUCAAUUUAUUGGCAACAAUAACGUUCUACCUACUUAUGGACAAAAUUUACUUAAAUAUAUAGAAGAAAAUAAUUUAGAUACUAGUCAAUUUCCUACCUUUAUCUCUGAAUUUGCAUCUGCCACAAUAACAAGUCUAAAUAAUCAUUUUCCAAAUCGAGAACUUUAUGAAGCUAUAAAAAUAUAUGAUCCAAAACAGUUACCAAUAUCUGAUAAUAAUUUAGCAAACUAUGAUAAUGAAGGAACAGAAAAAGUUAUUAAUAAUCAACAAUUUAUACCAUCAUUAGAAAAAAAAGAUUUAAUUAAUGAGUGGGAAAUAGUUAAAUUUUUUCUUAAAAAUCAUCACUUUAUUAAAUUUGUUGAUACAUGGAAUCUUAUUUUUUCACAAACUAUAUUUAUUUAUGAUUUUCCUGUUAUUUCUACUUUAAUUCAAAUUGCUUUACUUAUCCCUGUUUCUAAUGUGACUGUUGAACAA